UCGGUGAAAACCACGUGAUCAUCCACAAGAGCAGUCACUUCGAUAAUAUGAACCGCAGAUGCUGGAGAAUCCGAGAUAACACGGUGUGCAGUUGGAUGAACACAGCAGGUCAAGCAGUAUCAGAGUAGCAGGAAAGCUGACGUUUCGGGCCUAGAUCCUUCGCUGAGACCAAGAUUUGUCCAAUUGAGAUACCAGCGAUCGUUGCCAGAGCCCUCUUACCUGUGCAGAAGGUGAUGUUCAACUUUCGUGUCCUACUGCAGUUUGUAUGAUGAAGGUGCUCCCACAAUGCGGCCAUUUGAGAAGUUACAGAUCGUUCAUCUAGCGAUACUGAAGAGCUGAUGGUCACAACUGCUGCUCACAGCCCAGACGUCACCGUUCAACUCUCAGGUUCAAGCCAAAAAUGAUUUUAAAAAAAUCCACAAGGGUGCUGACAGAGGACACAGUGGAAAGACCUCUACCCAGGAACUGGGAGAGAAUCCUUCAGGACAGCAACGUCUUCACCCUCGAUAUCAGGAACUGUAAGGAAAUGACCGGUGCCUGCUUUCGAGUGAUCGAGUCUGUGGGAAUGUUCUAGAAGCUAUCUGUCCUUAUGGAUGUGUGUUUGUGUCUUUCAGGAGGGAGAGUUUCUUGUAUUUUAUUUAACGUGGUGACGACCUACGUCCUGCUUUAUAAAGAUUGUGGUUGUCUCCAUGUGUCAGACGUUACCUGGGGGCCAUGGCAGUGGCGGAUCUACUGGUCAUUAUCCUCGACCUGAUCCUGAGACACAUUCCCAUUGUUUAUAAGGAACAGUUUUAUUUCCUGCAGUACAUCCCCGUGUGUAAUAUCCACGCCGUCCUGCUUUAUGCAGCCACUGACUGUUCUGUCUGGUUCACCGUCACUUUCACCUUUGAUCGAUUUGUGGCCAUUUGUUGCCAGAAGCUGAAAAGUAAAUAUUGCAGUGAGAAAACGGCGGCUGUGGUUCUGGGAACAGUGACUGUGCUGAGCUGUUUAAAGAACAUUUUCUGGUAUUUUAUGCUCACAGCUCACUAUUGGCUGGGGAACACCCCCUGGUUUUGUGAGGGAACAAUCGAUGUUCAUGACUCUCGUGCCUGGGUCACAGUCGAGUUCCUCCACCACAUUCUAACCCCGACUCUCCCAUUUCUCCUGAUUCUGCUGCUCAAUGUUUUCACCGUCAGACACAUUUUAGUGACCAGCAGAGCCCGCAGGAGACUCCGGGCUCACACCAAUGGGGACGGUCAGUGUGACACAGAAAUGAGAAAUCAAAAAAAAUCCAUCAUUUUACUGUUUGUGAUCUCGGCCAAUUUCAUCCUGUUAUGGUCAAUGUUAAUGGUGUAUUCUCUGUGGUCCCGGAUGUGGGAUUUUGGGUAUGACUCUGUGUCCCUCGAUUACUUAGUGCAGGAAUUGGGCUUCAUGCUGCAGCUCCUCAGUUGCUGCACAAACACCGCGAUUUAUGCCGUGACCCAGACUAAGCUCAGGCAGCAGCUGAAGAAUGUGCUGAAAUAUCCCUUUACCCAAAUUCAUCAAUCAAUCAAAUUCACUCAUUAAUCAAUCCAUCCAGGAUUUUCUCAUUUCAGUUCAAUGUUUCAGCAAUGAAGCAGCCUGUCGCUAUGGUAACAGACUGAGGGUAGUGCUGGUUUAUCCAACCUUAUUCCACAGGGGGUUACAGGGAAACAUGUCAAUGUUUCUCUCAACUCACAGGCCAAAGAGAAAAGGCCCCAUUCCACUGACUGCAUCCAUAACUUCAUUAUGUA